AUGUCGAAUAGAAGGUCGAAUAGAUUAUUGGAAAAGCUAAAGAGCAUAGGUGAAAAUUGUUCCGAUAUAGAAUCAGAUUCAACAAAUUGGGAACUAUCAUCUGAAAAUGAAUCGGAUUAUAUUCAAAGUGAGACAUAUGAUGCUGACGAUAGCGAUGAAAAGGCGAUCACCAUAGAUAAAAAUGAAAGUGUCAACAAUGUGUCCAGGAAAAGGUGUAGGGUGCUAAGUACUUCAGACUCUGAUGAAGAAACUGAAAACACCUUUCAAGAGACCGAAACAGCUGCCGAUGGUACUGUGUGGUUAAAAUUUGACGAAGGUGGAAUUCCUGGAAGGUUACCAUCUACUUGUGUUUUCAAGGGUGUGAAAGGUCCUACAGGCUACACAAAAAGGAACAUUAUGGCAGAUAAUAUUGUCAGUGCAUUCUCGUUGAUAAUAGAUAACUAUAUUAUCGAACAUGCAAAAAACUGA